AUGAACCAGCAAGAGGACAGUGAACUUGCUCCUAUUGACCCCGAGAUCGAACGAACUUUCAGAAAAAGGAGGAAAGAUCAAAAGGCUAAAAGUCGAGGCACUAUGGCUGAACGUGUUGAUGAUGAGGGGGAUGGCCAGCAAGUUACUAAUCCCAUUGUUUUGGCGGAUGACAGAGCCAGAGCAAUACGGGAAUACGUUGCCCCCAUGUUUAAUGAGCUAAAUCCAGGCAUUGUGAGGCCAGAAAUACAAGCAGCUCAAUUUGAGCUCAAACCGGUCAUGUUUCAAAUGCUCCAAACUGUGGGGCAGUUCAGCGGGAUGCCAACGGAGGACCCUCAUCUCCACCUUCGUUCAUUUUUGGAGGUGAGCGAUUCUUUUAAGCCUCAAGGAGUAAGUGAAGAGGCGUUAAGGCUGAAGUUAUUUCCGUUCUCUUUAAGGGACCGAGCUAGAUCAUGGCUCAACACCCUUCCUCCCGAUUCCGUUACAAAUUGGAAUGACUUGGCUGAGAAAUUUCUAAGAAAGUACUUCCCUCCCACCAAAAAUGCAAAGUUUAGAAGUGAAAUCAUGUCGUUUCAGCAGCUGGAAGAUGAGUCCACUAGUGACGCGUGGGAAAGAUUCAAAGAGCUUUUAAGAAAAUGUCCACACCACGCAUUUGAGAUUUUGGAAAGGAUUGCAAGUAAUAACUAUCAAUGGUCAAACACUAGAGCUCCUACAAGUAGAAAGGUGGCGGGAGUUCUUGAAGUAGAUGCAUUAACGGCUCUAACAGCUCAAAUGGCCUCAAUGACCAACAUCUUGAAGAAUAUGAGUUUGGGAGGAAGUAUUCAGCCAGCUGCUGCCAUUCAAAGUGCAGAAGUAUCAUGUGUGUAUUGUGGGGACGGGCAUACUUUUGAGAAUUGCCCUUCAAAUCCAGCCUCCGUUUGUUACGUGGGAAAUCAGAAUUUCAACCGCAACAACAACCCAUAUUCUAACACUUACAAUCCAGCAUGGAAGAAUCAUCCUAAUCUGUCAUGGGGGGGUCAAGGAGCAAGUUCAAGCACAGCACCAGCACAAGGAAGACAAGCAUAUCCACCAGGUUUUUCACAACAGCCAAGACCUUCACAACAUGUUCAAAACACCCAGCCGAAUUCUUUGGAGAAUCUAAUGAGGGAGUAUAUGGCUAAGAACGAUGCAGGUAGUGGAGAGCCCACUUCAAUCCAAAGCGAAGGAGAAACAAGUAACAAAACUGCCCAGGAAAUUGCUGAAACUGGCCCAGUUGCUAUAGCAAAGGGUCAGCAAACUGCUCCAGUAAAUUCUGGUCCUAAACCGCCCCUUCCAUUUCCGCAGCGAUUUCGCAAACAACAACAGGAUGUUCAGUUCAGAAAGUUUUUGGAUGUACUGAAACAGCUGCAUAUUAAUAUCCCCUUGGUCGAAGCAUUGGAGCAAAUGCCGAAUUAUGUCAAGUUCUUAAAGGAUAUUUUGACGAAGAAAAGGCGUUUGGGGGAGUUUGAAACUGUAGCACUUACAGAAGGAUGCAGCGCAAUGUUGAAAAGUAAAAUACCCCCUAAAUUAAAAGAUCCUGGCAGUUUUACAAUUCCGUGCUCAAUUGGGGGUAGAGAUGUGGGAAGAGCAUUAUGCGACUUAGGCACUAGUAUCAACCUUAUGCCUAUGUCAAUUUUCAAGAAGCUGGGUAUUAGUGAGGCACAACCCACUACUGUUACUUUACAACUUGCGGACAGAUCUAUGGCUCAUCCUGAGGGCAAGAUUGAAGAUGUGUUAGUUCAAGUGGAUAAAUUUAUAUUUCCGGCGGAUUUCAUCAUUUUAGACUAUGAAGCGGAUAGAGAGGUACCUAUAAUCUUGGGUAGGCCUUUUCUUGCUACAGGGCGUACUCUUAUUGACGUGCAGAAUGGUGAACUUACCAUGAGGGUCAAUGACCAACAAAUUACCUUUAGUGUGUUUACAGCUAUGAAAUUCCCGGAUGAAGUGGAAGAAUGCUCUAGAGUUGACGUUGUUGAUACUUUGGUAGCUGAGAAGUUCAAUAAAAGGGUGGAAAAAGCUGCUAUGGGAACCCAGAUUUUUGGAGAUGAGGAGGAGUAUAGCAGUGAAGAUGAGGAGAUGAUUACAUGGGUAGAUUCUUGCCAACCAACCAAGAAAUAUAGUAAGGUGUUUGAAGCUCUAAAUUUGCCAGAAAAGCACUUUCAGGCCCCUAAACCAUCUGUUGAAGAACCACCUCAGCUGGAGUUAAAGCCACUGCCAAGUCAUUUAAAGUAUGUGUACUUGGGCGACAAUGAUACUUUACCUGUGAUAAAAUCUAGCUGUCUGGAGUCUGUUGCUGAAGAGGCAUUGCUGAAAUUGCUGAAGUAG